AUGUCGCGCCCCGAAGAUAUUCUCCCGCCCGAUCUCUUCUACAACGACAAUGAGUCCCGCAAGUAUACAACAUCGUCGCGCAUCCGGAAUAUCCAAGCCGACAUGACCCACCGCGCUCUCGAGCUCCUCGAUCUGAAGUCUCCCUCCCUGAUUCUCGAUGUCGGAUGUGGCUCCGGCCUGUCAGGCGAAAUUCUGUCUGAGGUAUCUCCCGAGGACGGGGGGCCACACACCUGGGUGGGCAUGGACAUCGCCCCCAGCAUGCUGGACGUAGCACUACAACGCGAAGUCGAGGGUGAUCUCUUCCUCGCCGACAUUGGACAAGGCGUUCCUUUCCGGCCCGGCACGUUUGAUGCCGCGAUCAGUAUCAGUGCUAUCCAGUGGCUGUGCAAUGCGGAAUCCAGCGACGUCAGCCCCGAGGGUCGUCUCAAGCGAUUUUUCGAAGGUCUCUACGCCAGUCUACGCCGCGGUGGACGGGCGGUCUGCCAGUUCUAUCCCAAGAACGAUAUUCAGCGAAGCAUGAUCAGCGGCGCGGCCAUCAAGGCUGGUUUCGGGGCUGGCAUGCUGGAGGAUGACCCCGGUACUAAGAACAGCAAACUCUACCUUGUCCUCACCGUCGGCGGUGGCGGCCUGCAGGGCGAUAUCACUGGAGUUGUCAACGGCAUGGAUGAUGUCAAUGUCUUGGAUGCGCGGAGAAAGGCUAUGGAGGUGCACAAUGCCCGGGGUCCGCCUCGAAAGGGCGAUAAGGCUUGGAUUAUGAAGAAGAAGGAGCAAAUGGAGAAGAAGGGGAAGGUGGUGAAGUCGAACUCCAAGUAUACGGGCCGGAAGCGACGUAUAGCCUUCUGA